CAGUCGUGGGACAGAGUGCCGGGCUCCUCCUCUUGCAAGCCUAGCCCUUCUCCCCGCCUCCUCCGGCCCGGGGUCCGCGUGGCGGGGCGCGCGCGCACUCGGGCUCAGCGGCUGCUGGUCUCCCAGGCCGCGGCAGUGAGGGGAGAGGGCGGGGCUGAGUCCUUCGCUGCCCCGCCCCCUUCGGCCCGGCGUCCCUACCGCGCCUGCGCGCUCCCGCCCGGUCUCCAUCUUGGAAUUGGGAGGAAGAGGGAGAGGGAGACCGGGACGAGAGCUGGGCUGUGGUGCGGAGAGAGGCUGAGACGGAGAAGAGGAGAGGCAGAGAGGGCGCGGGGACCGUCAGCAGCGCCUUAGCUAUAAUCUUUCAGCUAUUCUCGGAAGAGAGAAGGGAGAGAGAGGAGGCCGGGGCGGGAGUGGGGGCUGUCACCCUCGGACCCCGGCGUGAGAGGGGCCGUGCGGCCGGACGUCCUCGGGGUGGGCCCCCAGUCGGUGGCCGAAGACCUAGGGCUCAGGCUCCUGGGUCCCAAAUUUCCGGGCUUUGCCCCUCGCUUCUCAGAUACCCGGGUAUCAGUUCUCGUAGUCCAGAUAUCCGGGACUCGGGUCCCAACCUCUCUAAACCUGGGUCUCUGUUUCAUAGAAUUUCAAAUAUCGGGUUCAGGCCCCUGCGUGCACCAGUAUCCGGGGUUCAUUCCCCAGGCGUUCAAAUAUCGGAUUCAGUCUCCAACCCGUUCAAAUAUUCGGGGUUCAGACCCCACAAUCAGAAAUCCGGAAUUCGGCAGCUGUCGCCCUCGAGGAGGGGGAGGACUGGACCGCGAGGUCAGAUUAGGUUGUCACCCCCUCCCCUCCAGGGGAGGCUUCCCGGGCCCGCCCCUCAGGAAGGGCGAAAGCCGAGGAAGAGGUGGCAAGGGGAAAGGUCUCCUUGCCCCUCUCCCUACUUGGCAGAGCCGCUGGAGGACCCCAGGCGGAAGCGGAGGCGCUGGGGCACCAUAGUGACCCCUACCAGAUCUCCCCCUGCCCUUUUUGAGAGUGACUCUGCGGGCCCCUCUGGGCCAGUACCCACUUCUAACAAUGGACGGAUUUCCACUGCCUCCGGCCUGGCCAUUUCCUGUUCUCUUCCAGGGUGUGAGAGGUUGAGGGAGGAGGGGACCUCAGCGCCAAGGGGAACAGAAAGGCCAGGCCCCACUCUCAGGGCCCCCAGGGGCCACCAUGCCAGCUGGGGGCCGGGCCGGGAGCCUGAAGGACCCAGAUGUGGCUGAGCUCUUCUUCAAAGAUGACCCAGAAAAGCUCUUCUCUGACCUCCGGGAAAUUGGCCAUGGCAGCUUUGGAGCCGUAUACUUUGCCCGGGAUGUCCGGAAUAGUGAGGUGGUGGCCAUCAAGAAGAUGUCCUACAGUGGAAAGCAGUCCAAUGAGAAAUGGCAAGACAUCAUCAAGGAGGUGCGGUUUUUACAGAAGCUCCGGCAUCCCAACACCAUUCAGUACCGGGGCUGUUACCUGAGGGAGCACACGGCUUGGCUGGUGAUGGAGUAUUGCCUGGGCUCAGCUUCUGACCUUCUAGAAGUGCACAAGAAACCCCUUCAGGAGGUAGAGAUCGCAGCCGUGACCCACGGGGCACUUCAGGGCCUGGCGUAUCUGCACUCCCACAACAUGAUCCAUAGGGAUGUGAAGGCUGGAAACAUCCUGCUGUCAGAGCCAGGGUUAGUGAAGCUGGGGGACUUUGGUUCUGCGUCCAUCAUGGCACCUGCCAACUCCUUCGUGGGCACCCCAUACUGGAUGGCACCCGAGGUGAUCCUGGCCAUGGAUGAGGGGCAGUAUGAUGGCAAAGUGGACGUCUGGUCCUUGGGGAUAACCUGCAUCGAGCUGGCGGAACGGAAACCACCGCUGUUUAAUAUGAAUGCGAUGAGUGCCUUAUACCACAUUGCACAGAACGAAUCCCCCGUGCUCCAGUCAGGACACUGGUCUGAGUACUUCCGGAAUUUUGUCGACUCCUGUCUUCAGAAAAUCCCUCAAGACAGACCAACCUCAGAGGUCCUCCUGAAGCAUCGCUUUGUGCUCCGGGAGCGGCCACCCACAGUCAUCAUGGACCUGAUCCAGAGGACCAAGGAUGCCGUGCGGGAGCUGGACAACCUGCAGUACCGUAAGAUGAAGAAGAUCCUGUUCCAAGAGGCACCCAACGGCCCUGGUGCUGAGGCCCCAGAAGAGGAAGAGGAGGCCGAGCCCUACAUGCACCGGGCCGGGACUCUGACCAGUCUCGAGAGUAGCCACUCAGUGCCCAGCAUGUCCAUCAGCGCCUCCAGCCAGAGCAGCUCUGUCAACAGCCUAGCAGAUGCCUCCGACAACGAGGAAGAGGAGGAGGAGGAGGAGGAAGAGGAGGAGGAGGAAGAAGGCCCCGAAGCCCGGGAGAUGGCCAUGAUGCAGGAGGGGGAGCACACGGUCACCUCUCACAGCUCCAUUAUUCACCGGCUGCCGGGCUCUGACAAUCUAUAUGAUGACCCCUACCAGCCAGAGAUAACCCCCAGCCCUCUCCAGCCGCCUGCAGCCCCAGCUCCCACCUCCACCACCUCUUCCGCCCGCCGCCGGGCCUACUGCCGAAACCGGGACCACUUUGCCACCAUCCGAACUGCCUCCCUGGUUAGCCGUCAGAUCCAGGAGCAUGAGCAGGACUCUGCACUGCGGGAGCAGCUGAGUGGUUAUAAGCGGAUGCGACGACAGCACCAGAAGCAGCUGCUGGCCCUGGAGUCGCGUCUGAGGGGUGAACGGGAGGAGCACAGUGCACGGCUGCAGCGGGAGCUUGAGGCGCAGCGGGCUGGCUUUGGGGCGGAGGCAGAAAAGCUGGCCCGACGGCACCAGGCCAUCGGUGAGAAGGAGGCACGAGCUGCCCAGGCCGAGGAGCGGAAGUUCCAGCAGCACAUCCUUGGUCAACAGAAGAAGGAGCUGGCUGCUCUGCUGGAGGCGCAGAAGCGGACCUACAAACUUCGCAAGGAACAGCUGAAGGAGGAGCUCCAGGAGAACCCCAGCACUCCCAAGCGGGAGAAGGCUGAGUGGCUGCUGCGGCAGAAGGAGCAGCUCCAGCAGUGCCAGGCAGAGGAGGAGGCAGGGCUGCUGCGGCGGCAGCGCCAGUACUUUGAGCUGCAGUGUCGCCAGUACAAGCGCAAGAUGUUGCUGGCUCGGCACAGCCUGGACCAGGACCUGCUGCGGGAGGACCUGAACAAGAAGCAGACCCAGAAAGACUUGGAGUGUGCACUGCUGCUUCGGCAGCACGAGGCCACGCGGGAGCUGGAGCUGCGGCAGCUCCAGGCCGUGCAGCGCACGCGGGCUGAGCUCACCCGCCUGCAGCACCAGACGGAGCUGGGCAACCAGCUGGAGUACAACAAGCGGCGUGAGCAAGAGUUGCGGCAGAAGCACGCGGCCCAGGUUCGCCAGCAGCCCAAGAGCCUCAAAGUACGUGCAGGCCAGCGCCCCCCGGGCCUCCCACUCCCCAUUCCUGGGGCUCUGGACCCACCUAGCACAGGCACCCCUAUAGAAGAGCAGCCCUGCUCACCUGGCCAGGAGGCAGUCCUAUACCAAAGAAGGCUGGGCAAGGAGGAGGAAGCAGUUGGAGAGAGAAGGAUUCUGGGAAAGGAAGGGGCCACUUUGGAGCCCAAGCAGCAGAGGAUUCUAGGGGAAGAAUCAGGAGCCCCUAGUCCCAGUCCACAAAAACAUGGGAGUCUGGUUGAUGAGGAAGUUUGGGGUCUGCCUGAGGAGGAGAUAGAGGAGCUUAGGGUGCCCUCCCUUGUACCGCAGGAGAGGAGCAUUGUUGGCCAGGAGGAGGCUGGGACGUGGAGCUUGUGGGGGAAGGAGGAUGGGAGUCUUCUGGAUGAGGAGUUUGAGCUUGGCUGGGUCCAGGGCCCAGCACUGACUCCAGUCCCCGAGGAGGAGGAAGAAGAGGAACAGGGGGCUCCGAUUGGGACCCCUAGGGAUCCUGGAGAUGGUUGUCCUUCCCCCGACAUCCCUCCUGAACCCCCUCCAACACACCUGAGGCCCGGCCCUGCCAGCCAGCUCCCCGGACUCCUGUCCCAUGGCCUCCUGGCUGGCCUCUCCUUUGCAGUGGGGUCCUCCUCUGGCCUCCUGCCCCUCCUGCUGCUGCUGCUGCUUCCAUUGCUGGCAGCCCAGGGUGGGGGUGGCCUGCAGGCAGCGCUGCUGGCCCUUGAGGUGGGGCUGGUGGGUCUGGGGGCCUCCUACCUGCUCCUUUGUACAGCCCUGCACCUGCCCUCCAGUCUUUUCCUACUCCUGGCCCAGGGUACUGCACUAGGGGCCGUCCUGGGCCUGAGCUGGCGCCGAGGCCUCAUGGGUGUUCCCCUGGGCCUUGGAGCUGCCUGGCUCCUAGCUUGGCCAGGCCUGGCUCUACCUCUGGUGGCUAUGGCAGCGGGGGGCAAAUGGGUGCGGCAGCAGGGCCCCCGGGUGCGCCGGGGCAUAUCUCGACUCUGGUUGCGGGUUCUGCUGCGCCUGUCACCCAUGGCCUUCCGGGCCCUGCAGGGCUGUGGGGCUGUGGGGGACCGGGGUCUGUUUGCACUCUACCCCAAAACCAACAAGGAUGGCUUCCGCAGCCGCCUGCCCAUCCCUGGGCCCCGGCGGCGUAAUCCCCGCACCACCCAACACCCAUUAGCCUUGUUGGCAAGGGUCUGGGCCCUGUGCAAGGGCUGGAACUGGCGUCUGGCACGGGCCAGCCAGGGUUUAGCAUCCCACUUGCCCCCACGGGCCAUCCACACACUGGCCAGCUGGGGCCUGCUUCGGGGUGAACGACCCACCCGAAUCCCCCGGCUACUACCACGCAGCCAGCGCCAGCUAGGGCCCCCUGCCUCCCACCAGCCACUGCCAGGGACUCUAGCUGGGCGGAGAUCCCGUACCCGCCAGUCCCGGGCCCUGCCUCCCUGGAGGUAGCUGACUACAACCCUUCCAGCCCAAAUCUAGAGCAUUGAGCACUUUAUCUCCCACGACUCAGUGAAGUUUCUCCAGUCCCUAGUCCUUUCUUUUCACCCACCUUCCUCAGUUUGCUCACUCACCCCAGGCCCAGCCCUUCAGACCUGUAGACAGGCAGCCUCCUCGGCCGUGGAGUCCAGCAGUCACUCUGUGCUCUCCUGGCGCUCCUCCCCUAAGUUAUUGCUGUUCCCCGGCUGUGUGUGCUCAUCCUCACCUUCAUUGACUCAGACCUGGGGCCAGGGGUGGUGGAGGGUGGGAAGAGUCAUGUUUUUUUUUCUCCUCUUUGAUUUUGUUUUUCUGUCUCCCUUCCAACCUGUCCCCUUUCCCCCACCAAAAAAAGAAAAAGACAAACACAAAUAAAAUAUCUGAGCGGAACUGUG